UCGUGAUCUGCUUGCUUCUUCUCUCUAUCCAUCUUUUGCACGUCAAAACAAGCGCAAAGAAGAUGAGCUGCUUUCCCUGGUGCCGCAAUCUUGUGACGAUGCUCGUCUUCCUUACCAACUUCUUCAUCGCGAUCAAAGCGAAUUCAUUGGCGACACCAGUGGUGGAGGAGGCAGCGGUGUCUGCAGUGGAGGAGGUGGAUCCCCUGUCCGAGCUGUCGGCGAGGAGGGACGAGUUGGUGGAGAUGGCGGGCUACGGAGAGGGGAAGCUCUCCACGGUCCUCGUUACCGGCUCUGUUCUUUGCGAGGCUUGCUUGCGCAGCGACUCUCAGCUUCAUGCAUGGCCAUUGUCAGGCGCUAAGGUGGCCGUCAAUUGCCAUGCCAACGAUAAAGAAAGCAAAUCUAGCCGAAUUCAUGGCGUGACAGACGAAAAUGGGGACUACUUCAUAGAUCUUCCUUCAGAGCUCCACGCCAUCCCCGACUUGAACAAGAAAUGUUCGGUUAACCUCGUUCGAAUGCCGAGGAACUCGCACUGCCGACCGGCACAUAUCAGAAAGCGCAAGACAGUUAGGCUUUCGUCGGUCGGGAACGGGAUCCGAACUUACGAAGCGGGGACAAUGAGACUUCUGCAUUCAGCAUCCGAGCCUCCAGAAGCAUGCAUGAAGAAACCGAGCGGCCCCAGAGAAAGCUACCCAAAUUAAGCAUACCGAGAGACCCGAGGACACGGCUCAUUCGAUGGCGCUUCAGUCACAAAUUGAGCUAGUGAUUUUCCAAACUUCACAGAGUCACUUGUAAAAUAGACCCCAGUGAACGAAAAUGAUCCGGAACAAAGAGUGCAGAAGAUACGUGGCCCAAAGAAACAGACGGUGUGUGAAUAUCGCGUCGGCGUGUGUGUGUAUGUAUAUGCAUAAAUCGAUAUGCUAAUGGCAAAAGAGGUUCUUCUA